AUGUCAGUCAAAUUCUCUCCCGAUACCGACAUCCCCAGCCUCGAUGGCAAAGUUAUUCUCAUUACUGGAGGAAACUCUGGUCUGGGUCUCGAAACAACUCGCCAGCUCCUGAAACACGAUCCUGCCAAGAUUUUCCUUGCCUGCCGGUCAAAGGCAAAAUUUGACCAAGCCAUUACUGAGCUGCAGGAGUCUGGCUGCAAGACUGAACCAGUGCAUUUUCUAUCUCUCAACCUUGCUUCUUUGGAGAGUAUCAAGUCUGCGGUCAAGGAAUUUCAGGAAGCAUCCACGCGUCUUGAUGUGCUUGUCAACAAUGCUGGUAUCAUGAUGACGCCUGAAGACCUCACUGAGGAGGGUUAUGAGAUUCAGAUUGGAACAAAUCACAUGGGUCACGCAUUCCUUACGCACCUUCUCCUUCCUACGCUUGAGGAGACGACCAAGGUCAACCCUGACGUCAGAGUUAUCUUCCUGGCUUCAAUGGGAGAAUCCUUUUCGCCCAAGGAUCCUUAUCAUUUCGACCAAUUCAAGACCACCAUGCCUAACCUGUCGAGCUCAGCACGCUAUUCCAUCUCUAAACUCGCCAACGUUCACUACGCCGCCGCCCUGGCUGAACGCCAUCCCAAUCUCAAGGUCAUCAGCCUCCACCCAGGAGUUGUUCAAACCAACCUUACUGGCCCCGCUAUCAGCAGCAGUCUCAUUGUCGGAACUAUUACACGAUUGGUCUUCAGCAUUAUGGGUGUCAACUCGAGCAAGGGCGCAUUGAACCAGCUCUGGGCGCUUUCUAGCCCAGAUGCUGAAACCGGUGUCUUCUAUCACCCUGUUGGUGUGAAGGGCAAGGGAAGCAAGUUGAGCCAGGAUAAGGAGGCUCGUGAGAAGCUCUGGGAGUGGACUCAGCAGGAGAUCAAGCAGCAUCUACCUUAG